CCUCCCAUGCCUUCCUCCCGGAAUCCUCCAGACUCACAUCCAUACUUUGAUGGGCCAGUUGCUGUCGGGGCUCUGGGGGGUGUGGCAGGCCGGUAGGGCUGCUGCUUAUGGCAUCAUCGCGGGCGUGGCUGUGAGUCAACCGGCCAGUCGACGGGCCACCCCCACAACCUCCGAAAAAGUCGCCAAUGCCCCUCUCUCAGUAGUGGCCUUCAAUUCCUCCAUCGCGACUCCGACACCGACCUCUUCCUCCUCCUCCUCCUCCACUGCCACCACUCCUUCCACCACCACAACCACCACCACCAUGCCUUCACAACCCCAACCGUCCCAGGGGACGACGACCCCCAGCGCCGCCCCGUCAACCUCAGCUCCAUCCACCUCCACCUCCACCUCAGCCUCCAAACCCGCCAAGCAGCAAUCCUCCAAGCAAGCCCCCAAACCCAAAGACAACGCCUCUUCUGCCCCCGCCGGCUCUUCCGACAGCGCAGCGCUCACACCCGCCGAACUGAAGAAGAAGGCCAAGGCCGAAAAAGCCGCCCGUCGGGCUCGCGAACGCGCCGACAGAGAACAGCCCGGUGCUGCUGGUGGUGCGCCCGGCACCCCGUCGGCGAAGAAGGGCGCCGCCGGUCCUGGGGCCGGCGGGAAGGACUCCGCCGCGACUACGGGCGCGCAGCAGCAGCAGCAGAAGGGACAGAAGCAGGCCCCGCGCCGCGGUUCCGCGCAGUUGUCGGGCCAGCCCAGCGCCGCGGAGGUCAAGAAGAAGCAGGAGGAAAAGAAUGUCUCGGUCUUUGGACAUCUGUAUGGUCAGCAGCGUAGGACUACGGUGGCGGGUGCCGGCAAGGAAGUCCACCCUGCCGUUUUGGCUCUCGGUUUGCAGAUGAGGGAUUAUGUGGUUUGUGGGAGCAGUGCGCGCUGUGUGGCGACGUUGUUGGCUUUUAAGAGGGUCAUCGAAGCUUAUACCACUCCCCUCGGCACGUCGCUCGCGCGUCACUUGACCACCCACCUGUCCCACCAGAUCACCUACCUCUCGACGUGUCGCCCUCUGUCCAUCAGCCAGGGCAAUGCCAUCCGCGCACUCAAGCUGGCCAUCGCCUCUAUCGACCCGUCCGUGCCCGAAGCCGACGCCAAGGCGACGCUGAGCGACUUCAUCGACAGCUUCAUCCGCGAGAAGAUCACCGUUGCGGACCAGGUGAUUGCGGGCAGCGCAGCGCAGAAGAUCCAGGACGGCGACGUGGUGGUGACGUUUGCGGGCAGCUCGAUCGUCAAGCAGACGCUCCUGACGGCACACAAGCAGGGCAAGAAGUUCCGGGUGUCGAUCAUCGACUCGCGGCCGCUGUUCGAGGGCAAGAACCUGGCGCGCACGCUCGCGACCGCGGGGCUGGACGUGCAGUACUCGCUCAUGAACGGCAUCAGCCACGCCAUCAAGGACGCCACCAAGGUGUUCCUGGGCGCGCACGCCAUGACCAGUAACGGCCGGCUGUACUCGCGCGUCGGCACCGCGCUGGUCGCCAUGUCGGCCAAGGAGCGCGCCGGCGGCGUCGAGGUCCCUGUCAUCGUGUGCUGCGAGACGGUCAAGUUUACCGACCGCGUGGCGCUAGACAGCAUCGUCGUCAACGAGAUCGCCGACGCCGACGAGCUGGUUAUCGCCGAACCCGUGCAGCAGCUGACCGGCCUGCCCGAUCCGGCGGCCCCCGCGGUGGAGUUGAAGAAGGGCAAGGCCGCGCCGCCGCCCGUCGAGCCCAGCACCGCGUCGCAGAACAUGUCCUCGCCGCUGAAGGACUGGAAAGACUCGGCCAACCUGCAACUGCUGAACAUCAUGUACGAUGUCACGCCGGCCGAGUACGUCGACAUGGUGGUCACGGAGAUGGGCAGUCUGCCGCCCAGUGCGGUGCCCAUUGUCCAUCGCAUGAGUACGAACUUGUAAUCGAUGUGAUGUCUCUUCUUCUUCUUUUUCUUCUUCUAUGAUCUCAUAUUUGUGGUUUGGGGCGAGGCUGGGCAAUUUCGGGUUAGCUUGCAUGUCUGUAUUGUAUUGAUGAGGUUAAAAGUUGCUUUUAAUGGAGUAUUAGUAGUGGUGAUGUGGUUGUGGUGAUGUGGUG